AUGCGCGGGCGGCAUUUCCAGAUCAGCACGAUAGUGAGCACGCAGAAGCUGCGGCUCAUCAGCAACGCCGUGCGCGUCAACGCCCAGUUUUUGUGCGUGUGGCGCUUGCGGAACCAGCUGGAGCUGGACAGCCUGCUGGAGGAGCUCACGGCGCUGGUGCCGAAGCCAAGGCUGCAGGCGAUGUAUGAGGAGGCCGUGCGCGAGCCCUUCAGCUUCCUGUACAUCUACCUGCUGAACCCGCGGGACGAGAUGUUCCACAUCAGGUUCGAGCGCAGGUUUCAAAUCGAGGAUGGGCCAGCUGCUCUCGACGAUAGCGAGCAAGCUGCUGGGCAGCAGCACCUUCUGCCAGAGCGAGUGUCCUCGGGCUCCGCGGCCGGUCCUUCCACCAACAUGUUCGGCAGGAGGAAAAGACAGAUGGUGUCCAUAUACGUGGACAGCCGGAAGCGCGUGGCGGGCACGGAUGCUGACUUUGAGUUCGACAUCGGGGAGACGGUGCACCUGCAAGGGUCCGCGCGCCUGGGCGUCUUCAAGAUUAGGGUUGCGGACACCUUUUUGUCCACGGACCGCGGGACGUACCUGUACUGGCGCGACGCGGCCCUCAACACCCUCAACUGGGCGCAGCUGCCCGUGGGAGCCUACACGGGCGUCCGCCUCGCGGCCUGGAUCAGCAGCAACUUCGCCACGGCCGUCUACGGGGAGGCCACCAACGAGAUCGCGGUGGCGUGGGACGGCAACAGGACCAUCCUGAACGACCAGGAAUUGCGCACCCUCUUCCCCGGCACAGGCAGCUACCCGCCGGGAGCGACCCCGAGCCGGCCCAUGAGCAUCAAUCACCUGCUGGGGCCCAGCUUCAUCGAGGGCAGCAACCAGAUCUUCAGCUUCGUUGUCAUGGCGCCCUACAACGAGCUUUAUCUGAGAUGCAGCAGCCUGGCCAACGCGGCCGACAGCGUGGGGCCGCUGGGGCACGACAUCAUCGCGAAGAUCAUCUGCAGCCAGGGCGUGGGGUUCAUCAUGCAGUCCAGCACGGACGACAACCACCUCGUGAACCUACGAGGGCCCAUCACGCUGCGGUACCUGCGCUUCAAGCUGACGGACCUGGACGGCAACGUGGUCAACCUGCGGGGGACCAGCAUCAGCUUCUGCAUCUAUCUGGAGGAAGAGCAAAAGCCUGCUGCAGAGGCUGUACCUCCAGCUCCAGCGGCGCCUGUGGCCGAGCCCGAGCCCCCAGCAGCAACAGCAGGAGAACCCGUGGCGAAGGCUGCUGAGCCGGAAGCGGCGCCCAAAGCAGCGGCCAAGCGGAGAGGAAGGCCGCCCGGCAGCAAGAACAAGCCCAAGCCGCCUCCCACCGUCGACGUCUCCGAGGCGCCUGCUGCUGUUCCUGCCGCCCCUCAAGUAGCGCCAGAGCCCGAAACGGUCCCCGAGCCGGAGCCGGAGCCCACGCCGGCCCAAACGCGGGUGAUGAGGCAGCUCUCGCGGGUGGACCGCUUCGAGGAGCUGCUGACGCGAAACACGAUGGCGCUGAUGCUGCGCCAGUUCUGGAAGAGGUACCCCUCGUACAACCUGAACGCCCUCAUGCGGAAGCGCUACGAGGAGCUGAUGGACGCGAGGGCCUUCAACGAGUGGCUGCAGAACCGACAGCUGAAGCAAGAUGGCGAGGAGUACGCGGACGCCAUGGGGAGGCUGACGGAGACGGUGAACCGCAGAGUGCCACAGCUGCGCUGGGCCGGGGCGGAACGCAGGCAGGUCCUCAGGGCGGGCGACCAGCUUAUCAGGAACACACAGGAGUCCGGCGUGGUGCCGGGCUUCGUGCCCCAAGGGGCGGAGCAGCGCAGGGAGCCCCAAAGGCAAAUGGAAGAGCAACGCUGCAUGGGCUUCCGCAAGCGCCCCGAUUACGCGGAGGUGCUGCACUACAUCAAGGAAGGGGAGCCGCUGGAUUUCCCGCUGCCGAACCGCAAGGCCACCAUCUACACGUCCAGCCACUUCUACCUGGACGACUUCCCGCAGUCGACGGAGCCGCUGGUGGAGAACCCGCGCCCGCACACGGACCUGGGCAGCGCGGUGGAAAACUUCUACAGCGCGGACGAGGACGGCUACCGAGGCAGGCCGUUCCCCCAGAUCCGCCGGCCCUCGUUCCUGGGCCCAGGACAGGACACCGACACGGAGGACGAGGCCUUCCGGCGCAACGGCUUCGACGCAGCCCCGAGGCCGCCUCCGACGGCUUCCAGCAGCGUCUCGGGCAGGCUGGGCGAGGCGGGCCUGCAGGGCGCGGAGACCGUCAUCGCGGGCGGCGCUGCCGGCCUGGCAGCGGCCGCGGACCGCUUCGCGCACCGCAACGCCGUGAGGGCGGCGGACGUUUUGGAGCGCCGCUUUUUACCCCCGCGGGCCGGGCCGAGUCCGCAGAUAGUGGGCAGGCCCUCGGAAGCGGAGGAGCUCAUCGUGAGGGCGGGCCAGCGGGCGCAGGACGUGGAGCGCGCCGCGGCCCAGGACAUCGAGCAGUUUGCCGCGGAGCAGGCGGCCGCGGAGGGCGGGGAGCUCGUGCCCCUGCUGGCGGAGUCCGCGGAGAUAGGCACGCAGACGGCGGCCGCUGCAGCGGCAGCAGAAGGAGGAGGAGGCUUGCUGGGAGGGUUGGCGGCCUUCGGAGGGGUCGCGGCGGAAGGAGCGGGAACGGCAGCGGCCGUGGGCUUCCCCGUUGCGGAAGGCCUCGGUCUGGCGGCGGGCGUGGCCACGGGCGGCGCGGCGGCCCUGGCGGGAGGCGUGGCCCUGGGCCUGUACGAGGGAGGCAGGUGGCUGUUGGGAGGCAACGGCGGGGACGCAGCGCCCGCGAGCUCGGGCAGCGAGUCCGCGGACAUAAGGACCAUCAACAACAUGCAGCAGGGAGCGCCGCAGGAGCGCUUCUCCGUGCGACAGCCGAGGGUCCGGCAACCCACGGUGGUGAGCAUCAGCUCCGACGACGACGCGCCCCUAGCACAGCAGAGGGAGCAGCCGAGGCCGCAGGUGCAGAGCAGGCCCGCGCCCCCGCUGCGCACGCCGUUCGGCCUCAAUCAGGUCGUCUCCAGCAGCGAGUCGGAAAGCUACGGGCCGGUGCGGCGCCGGCAGCCCAGGGCAGCGGCGGAGCCCUCCUUCAACGAGCUACGGCGGGAGGCCCUGAGCCGGGAGCCCGAGGCGGUCUAG